AAACUAAAACUUCACUCAAACUCAUCUGUUUCUUGUACAAUCCGGGAAAAGGAAGAGCCAGCCAGCAAGGAGAAGGCCAAGAAAGCAUGAAGCUGGACAAGGAGAUCUGCCACCCCAUCCACCCUCAGCACAAGCUCAAGAUCGAAUACACCGAAGUCCCGUUUCGCUGCGAUGGCUGCAAGGAAGCAGGCAUCGGCCUCAAGUACAAGUGCGACUUGUGUGAUUUUGAUCUCCACAAGGCAUGCGCCCUUGCACCAGCCACCAUCAAGCAUGCCUUCUACAAGAGAUGCGAAUUCCGAUUCUAUAGCAAGCCUCCUGGCCUGGGGAUGAGGAUAUGUGAUGCAUGCGGGAAGGAUGUGCCGGGCUUUGUGUACCAUUGCAGCAGGUGUGGUUUCGACCUCCAUCCAUGCUGCGCAAACCUCCCGCAGCAACUCGAUGAUGGGGAGCACAACUUUUAUCUUUGCCUCAAGCUCUCGAGCCCUUGCCACCGCUGCGGGCGCAAGGGGUUGGGCUGGUCAUACAGAUCUGAGUGCAAGAACUACAACCUUCAUGUGUCAUGCGUCAAAGAACUGCUUGCGGAAAGCUGGCAAGCUAUAUAUCUGAACUUGGACAAGAACAAGGUCAGAGAGAUUCAACCAAGGAUUCCAAGCCUUCGAGGGACAAUGCAGAACCACCACAGGGGGAGAGUGGGGAAGGUAAGAAGAUGCUGCCAGAUUGCCAGCGGUGCACUCCGUAUUAUCAUCUCAGCCAUCCUUGGAGAUCCAACAGCUAUAAUUGCUGCAGUUAUAGGGGCUUUCAUAUCCAAGUAGAAAUUAGUAUUCAUGAUAACAAGUUCAAGAUCAUUGAUGUCUGUUGCUCUGUUCUUAAUUAUGUUGGUAUUAAGUAUGUUGGUUAUGUGUUGCUUGUUUAUGGCUAUCGUCUUGUAUACAUCCUGUGAUCCGAAAUGAAUAAAGGGUGCUGAAAUGACCUUAAAACAUU